AUGCCUGUCGUCAAAGGAGGUGUCUGGACCAAUAUCGAGGAUGAAGUUCUUCGAGCAGCUGUAUCCAAAUAUGGCCUGAACCAGUGGGCUCGAGUCUCAUCUCUGCUUGCACGGAAAACGCCGAAACAAUGCAAGGCGCGAUGGAUCGAAUGGUUGGACCCGGGCAUUCGCAAGACCGAGUGGUCGCGGGAGGAGGACGAGAAGCUACUGCACCUUGCGAAGCUAAUGCCCACGCAAUGGCGCACAAUCGCUCCCAUCGUCGGGCGCACUGCCACACAAUGUCUUGAGCGCUACCAGAAGCUUUUAGAUGAGGCUGAGUCUCGUGAGAAUGACGAGCUAGGCCUAGGAGGGCCCGGCGAGGAGAGCGCCGCUCCCAGUGCUGAUGACGUCCGCCGCCUGAGACCCGGUGAAUUGGAUCCCGACCCAGAAUCCAAGCCUGCUCGUCCCGAUACGAUCGAUCUGGAUGAAGAUGAAAAAGAAAUGCUCAGCGAGGCGCGUGCUCGUCUCGCCAACACACAGGGUAAGAAGGCCAAGCGAAAGGCCCGAGAACGUCAGUUGGAGGAAUCACGUCGAUUGGCGGUUCUUCAGAAGCGUCGCGAACUCAAGCAUGCCGGUAUCAAUGUUAAGGUCGUUACGCGGAAGCCUGGGCAGAUGGAUUACAAUGCGGACAUUCCUUUCGAAAAGCCAGCCGCUCCUGGAUUUUACGACACAAUUGAGGAGCAAAACCUGAACGAGCGCCAACGGGAAGCAUUCGAUCCUCGGAAACAGCAGCUCGCAAACAAGCGAAAGGGCGACCAAGACGACGAUGCGGAACGCAAGAAGCGCAAGAACGAUAAAAACAGUGCCACAGCCGCCUCCGCUGCUGCUGCGCGAGCAGGUCAAAUGCAGAAGAUUCGCGAGGCAGAACAAAGCAGCAAGCGCCGGGGACUGAAUUUGCCAGCACCACAGAUCAGCGAAAACGAAAUGGAGGAGAUUAUCAAGAUGGGAGUCGCUGGGGCAAAGGCUACUCGAGACGACGAAGAUGAAGAAGCCGGCCAGGGUCUUGUUGGAGACUACUCGAAAAUCAUGGGCGGAGCUCCAAUUAGAACCCCACGGGCUGCUCCAGAAGACGAUCAUAUCGCCAACGAAAUCAGAAACAUCCGAGCUCUGACGGAGACUCAGUCUUCCCUCUUGGGAGGAGAUAAUACACCCCUCCACGAGGGCGGUUCAUCAACUGGAUUUGAUGGAAUUGCUCCCCGGAGGCAGGAUAUUGUCACUCCCAACCCCAUGGCCACGCCAUUCCGCCAAGCGAAUGGCUUCGGCGCAACACCUCUACAUGGCGGCAUCGGGCCUGGGGCUACACCAUUGCGCACACCACGAGACCAUUUAUCAUUGAACCAGGAUGGCGGUCAGCUCAUCAGCAGCACACCACGAGACAUUAAAAUGCACGACAACUUCACUCGCCAACAGUUGCGCAGCAAGUUGGCAUCACUUCCCAGGCCCAAACAAGAUGAUUGGGAAUUGGAAGAAGCCCCGUCCGAGACCGCCGAGCCCACCACAUCUAUGGAAAUCAGUGAAGAGGAUGCGGCAGAGCGUGACCGUCGGAACGCAGAGGCACGGGAGAAGGCUUCCAAGGCCGAAUUCAAGCGUCAAUCACAAGCAUAUCAGCGAGGUCUGCCUCGUCCCGCCGUUUUGGAUAUCAAUGCGUUGUUACAACGUGCCUCCAAAGUCACUGGCACUAUCGAAAGUCUGAUUGCCAACGAAGCCGCAAUUUUGAUUGCUCACGACUCUCGCAAAUUCCCCAUCGCCGGGGCCCAGGUUGAGGGCCAAGCACCAAAAUUACGUCAAUUGAACGACCGGUCCUUGGACGCAGCUCGAGCUUCUAUUGCCGCUGAGAUUGCGGCCACUGAAGCACAGCAGUCGGAAUGGCAAGAGAAAUUCGAUGACGGCUGGUCAUCAGCUCGUGCCAAAUCUCUGCCCGGUCUUGAGAAUUAUGAGGAUGACGAGCAGGACGCAUUCCAGGAAGAACAGCGCAUGAUCGGGGCCUUCGACACGGUUCAAACCUCCCUCUUUGCCACCGCUGAGCGCGGAAACAAGCUCGAAAAGAAGCUCUCUUUACACUACGGCGGAUACCAGAACCGCGCCAAGACACUUCGGUCGAAGAUCCUGGAGGCUGGUGCUGCUUUGCCUGCGGCUAUGAGCGAACUGGACGCUUUCCGUACGCUUCAGAUCUCAGAAGAGGCCGCCGUGCCUCGGCGACUCGAGAAGCUUCGCGAGGCAGUUUCGUUUGUUAUGCGGCGUGAGCGCGAGGCUCAAGAUUUGUAUAAGAGCCGAAAAGAUGAGCUUGAUGAACUUCUUGCCGGGGCAGGUGCAGUCAAUGGAUGGCACUAA